CUCCGCGAGAGGAGUUCCGGCGCGGCUUGGGCUGGAGGAGACAGAAUGGAGACCGCGAUCGAAGAUCCGGGGCUGGACCGCGGUCCGACGCUGACCUCGUCCUGGGAUGCGGCGUGCGGGGCGCUGACCCAGAGCCUCCUUCUUACCCGGACUGGGCCAGGUGCCCAAGACUUGGACUUCGAGCAGCUGCUGGUGCCGCCAGCUCCGGGCUUGGAUCUGGUGAGUCUGAAAAGCAGCCUGAGUUCCCGAGAUGAAAAUCCUUGCUUCCUUUACCUGAAGUGUGGGCCUAAUGAAGGUGAAGAAAUCCUUUCAGUUGGCAUUCUGAGCUCAGCAAGAAACAUGGAAAUAUACUUAGGAGAGGAGUAUUGCGGAACCAGUCGGGGCAAAAAUGUCUACACUGUCCCGGAUGACAGUGAACAUGAAAAAAUUCUGUUGUACAAAAAAUACCUAAAGCUGGAGUCUCCCACACAUGCUUGUAAAAUAAAGUUGCUGUCUUUCGGUGAAAAGCAGUGUGUGCUCGUCAGCAAAGUUGUGGUGCACGUGAGACCAAGGUCAGCAAACCCUUCACCAAGCUCUCCUGCUCUAGGGUCACGGAUAGACCUCGACAGUGUCCAAACCAUAAUGGAGUCCAUGGGGUCAAAGCUAUCUCCUGGAGCUCAGCAGCUGAUGAAUAUGAUUAGGCUUCAGCAACAGAAUUGUCUUCCCAUCGGAGAUCAGCUUCAGUCAGUGUUGGGAACCACAGGACACAAGCAUCUGAUUGCACUUCAGUCUUCACCUUCUUCAGGAGUCCUAGACAAGGCAUCCUCUACACCCUUUCCUUUCAGAACUGGGUUGACACCCUCAGGCAUCACUGGAAAUUUAAAGGCUCUUACUGAUAAAAGCGCACAGCCCCCUGGAGAAGGAACUACCACCAACCACAAUGAGUGUCACCUUGUGCCACAAAACCACUCCCUCGAAAGUGAUCUUAAAAGCGCAGUGUCUUCUUUCUUACCAAAGAAGGCAAGUGGCAACUCAAAUGUGCCCAACUCUGAGUUGCUGCCGUUUCUACAGAACUUAUGUAGUCAGGUCAACCACCUCCGCGUGGGACAUAAUGCCAGGUGGCAAGAAAACAUCUCCAGGCCCCGAGAGGGCAUUGUCGGUGUUUCGAUGGAAGAGCAGCCUAUUUGCUCCUACUUGGAAAAAAUUCUUUCUAAAAACAUGGAACUGAUGGAAAAGAAGCUUAUGGACCACAUCGAUGAGAGGAUCUAUCAGCUCCAGGAGCACAUAGAUGCUAAAAUGGCUUUGUUAGUGGACUUUCUGCGAAGUCCCAACUCCCCAACGCCAGAGAUGCCUCUAAGACACUAUGACUCCAGAGAAAGACUUUCCAACGGAGAAAGAUAAGCUAUGGACAUACACAAUUAUUGCAGAUAUUUAUUGCGUAUUUAUUUCAAAAUCCAAAUCCAAAAAGGUUAUGAAAAUCAAGUCUGUAAUGUCCUUUGAAGGAUCGUGGUCUUACAUGAAGUGACCUCAGUGCUCAUUUGCAUUUUGCUUGUUACUGUAGAUCCAGGUGUGUGCACCAGCAGCUCUCCUGAUACAGUCGUAAGUUAUUUUGCUUGCUGUAUUUUUCACUCUUACAGAAAUGUAUACCUGUGUUGCUCAACUGUUUUGGAUGUUUAAGGACUUCUAACGCAGUUCGUUAGUUUGUAUUGUAUAUUACAUAUGUUUGAAGUGAAUUUUUUAUUUAUACAGAUCUCUGUAAAAUACAGUCUCAGGAACGUGAAAAGCAAUGCUAACAUAUUUGGGUUUUUUCUAAUUAUUUUUGGAAAGCUGGAUACUUGGAUUCUUUCAUUCAGAUUGCCAGUGUAACACUUCCUAUCAUUUACCUGAGAUGAAUCUGUGCCGUGCUUGGGCUGUUUAAGAUAGUUGUUGGGGCAUGCUGUGUAAAGGUGUGUCUCUGUUCUUCACCUACUGAAGGCAUUCUCUGAUUGGCUUUAAUAAAAAUCUGAUGGCCAGUAGAUGGACAGGAAGUGUAAGGUGGGGCUUUCUGGUAGAGAGAAAGGGAUGAUGGGAAAGAUGAAAAUAGGGAUUCAGAGAGGAUAAGGAGGUAGAUGGGCGUGAACAUGAGCAGAAAGGUGGACCGGGUUAUGGCAGGACAUAGGUAGAUUUGUGGGGUUAGAGGAGCUGGGAGCUAGCCCAAGUUAAAGGCCUAAGCUUUUAAAGUAUGCAAGAGUCUUCGUGUUCUUAUUUAUACAGCUGGAGGGUCUGUAAAGUCCAGCUACAGUGGUUUACGUAGUGAGCGGUAGUUCUGCUUGCUCAUGUCAGGGCAGCUGUAUAUUACUCAUUUACAGUCCUACUAUUUCAGACUUGGUGCUGCAGAUAAAAUGGAAGGAAAUUCUUUUCUGGAACUGACGGGUUCUUCUCACAGAGGCCUUUUCAAGCAUGCAUAAUGUGUGACAUUCUGAGAAUCUAAAAUGAGGGAUAAGGAAUAUGAAUCCAGGGGAUUGCAAUCUCCAGCAGACUGAAUCUUCAGAACUGUUAUAUCUGUGUUUGUGAUACAGCUCUGCCUAACAGCCUUGCUCUGCAGACCACCUGUAAGCGAGAAGAACUCUUUUCAGCUAAUUUGAUUAAGUUGAUUCUUUUUUUUUUUUCAAGAGGAUGUUUUGUACUUAUCCAUCAUUUUGGCAAACUGGUGAUUUUGAUCAUAUGGCAAAGGUGACAUAGCAUAUAGGACACACCAUACUUUCACUUUGGUAGCCAUGGUUGGGGUAGUCAUACCACAUGCAGAUGUGAGAUGUUAUUUCCUGAUCAGUGAGGAGGAGUCCACUCACUCACAGCUACAGUCCAUGGUUUUGCAGCUUUUGGUAGUUGUGGUUCCUCCCCAAUUUAAGGAGUACCAUCCUUGACAUAGCAGUACCCUCUGUCCCAUAAAUCGUCAACUGGGCCUGCCUAGGGCUCCAGGGUGGGACCAUACCCCUAAGUGAAGCCCUUGAAACCAUCUUCAUCUCAGCCUGAUACACUUUCCAGCCUCACCUCCACUGCCAAUCCCUGCAUUCUCCAUCUCUGAUCCUUGUAACAUAGGGAUCAGGGAGCAGGAAGAGGCCAACUGGAGGAACUUACAGAAAAGCAAGAAGUAUAAAAGAUGGAAACACAUUCACAAACUAUGCAGUGUCAUAGAAUAAUGUGAGCCUUGAAGAAUCACCACCUUUCCAGGAUUUCUGUGUUAGGGUGAAAAUAGCCUGAAGCCCACAAGUAGAACAGCCUCCUGCCAGGAAAGGUGGCUCACACUUAUACAUAUACAUAUAUAUAUAAACAGAAGCCAGGAAAC